CAGGCCUAGGACUGCUGUGUUCCUGGAUCAGCCCCAGUUCCAGGCUUUCUCAUUCCCGCGCCGUUGAGAUGGCUGUGAGUCAGUGAAGGUACAGCCUGCAUCUUUUCCCUAUCUCCAACUUUGAAGUUUGCCAGGCAUCCGACUUCUUGUUAGCGCAGAACUGACGCCAUGUUGACCAGCCCAUCUCCAGCCACAACGGUUUCCGGGGUCGAGUCAGGGUCCCAACUGCCUCAUACUUCUGCAAGACAAUCUGCUAGGCUGGGUCAGGGACUCCAACAUCGGGGAAAGCGCGCCGAACUCUUCUUCGUCCAAGGCCAUUGCCUCCGGUCCCCGUUUGUUAGCCAGUUCCAUGUGAGCAAGCGCAGCAGAGCUAACGGCCAAGCUCUACCAUCAUGGGACGAAACGGGCCUCUUCAAGUCCAUGACUUGAUACCCGCUAAUCUAUCGAAGCUUCAAGUUUAGAAGUCACAUCUCCCUCUCUUUAAUGCCACAUUGCCUCCGGAUAAGUGCCCUCUUUCUUUCAUGGCCUGUCGUUUUUCUAUUACUGGACCCCUUCGAUGGCAUCCACCACCAUACAAGGGCCGAGAUGCGCUCGACAACCCGGGUCUAGCAGGACGACACCCAUGGCAACGACGCGGACAUGGCUGACAGCCAGUCUACUGUCGAUCUCGCAGCUCACUGCAGCUUACACACUUGAUUUGAGCUCAACGGACUCUCUCAAAUCCGUCGCGAGCUCCAUGACCGAAGACAUGAUGUCAUUCUACUCGGGAGACAAACCAGGGGGCACCCCUGGUUUGCUCCCACAGCCAUACUACUGGUGGGAAGCAGGAGCCCUCAUGGGCGCUCUAAUUGACUACUGGUACUACACCGGCGACACCCGCUGGAACGCCCUCGCCACCGAAGGCCUCCUCUUCCAAACCGGCCCCAAUAACGACUACAUGCCCCCCAACCAAACCGUCACCGAAGGAAACGACGACCAAGGCUUCUGGGGCAUGGCCGUCAUGACGGCCGCCGAGUACAAUUUUGAAAACCCACCCCCGGGCAAACCACAAUGGCUCUCCCUCGCCCAAGCUGUCUUCAACACCCAGGCCGCCCGCUGGGACGCUGAGGACUGCGGCGGCGGCCUCCGGUGGCAGAUCUUCACCUGGAACAACGGCUACGACUACAAGAACUCCAUAUCCCAGGCUUGCUUUUUCAACCUGGCUGCCCGGCUGGCCCUGUACACAGGGAACCAGUCCUACGCCGACUGGGCAGACAAAGCCUGGGACUGGAUGGUGGCUACCAACCUCAUCAAUCCAGAGUACUACUACAUCUACGACGGCACCCACAUCAACAACUGCUCCGAAAUAACCCCCUACCAGUGGACUUACAAUGCUGGCGCAUUUUUGCUGGGUGCGGCGGCAUUGUACAAUUACACCACCGGCCCUGUCCAGUCCGUCUGGAGAGACCGUGUCGACGGCCUGUUGAACGGCACCUCUGUCUUCUUCACCGGCCCCAACAAGGACAUCAUGACCGAAGUCGCCUGCGAGCCCGUCGACCUCUGUGACCUCGACCAGCAGUCUUUCAAAGCUUACCUCUCGCGCUGGAUGGCCGCCACGACUAAAUGGGCGCCUUGGACAUACGACAGGAUCAAGCCGCUGCUGCAGUCUUCUGCCCAAGCUGCCGCGGGAACGUGUAGGGGAGGGGCGAAUGGACGAAUGUGCGGGCUGAAGUGGAAUCAGGGGCCCAGGUGGGAUGGGAGCACGGGGGUGGGCCAGCAGAUGGCGGCCAUGGAGGUGGUGUUGGGGAAUAUGAUUGGGCAGAGGCAUGGUCCGGUGACUGAUCGAAAGGGGGGGACGAGUAAAGGGGAUCCGGGGGCGGGGGGGCAGGAUAUGGGUCGGAAUGAUCCGUUGCAGCGGGCGGGUGCGUGGCCGCCGGUUAGUCAGGGGGGUAGGGCGGGGGCGUGGAUAUUAAUGUUGUUGACUGUUUUGGGGGUUGUUGGCGGGUGUGUUUUUGUUUUGGUAGAUGAAGGGAAUGGGAUGGAGGAGCAGAUUGAAGGGGUCGGGGACGUGGUUACUGUUGCUGGCGGGAUGGGGAGGAGGAGAAAUGGGAAUAAGUUGAGGAAGGAGAGUCCGAAUAUUUUGGGGGCGAUGGUGGCGGCGGGGUCGUUGGAGAAGGAGAGGGGCGGGGCGGUGAAUAGAAGCGAUAGUGAUAGAACGCUGAGGGGGGAUGAGGAUGGGAUGGGGGUGGGUGAGGUGAAGAGGGGGGCCGAACACGUGGUCAAGCCGGUGAGGGAGCCGCCUAUUAUCAAGGUGCCUCAUCCGAGGAAUAGGAAGCCGUUGAGGACGACGUUGUUGGCGAAGCAGCAUCAGAGGCAGUGGUCGAAGUCGAGGCGGAAUUAUUGGGAAGAUAAUGAUGGAAGUGGGGAAACGGUGGUGGGGGAUCUUGUCAAAGACAAAAAUGUUGAUAACAAUAACCGUGUUGAAGCCGUCAGUGCGCCACCGCCAAAGAAGAGAAGGCAAUCAGACCCCGGAUCAGACAGCAAUAAGGAUAAGGUCACGCUUCCGAGAAAAGGGGUUAGGUGGAGCGAUACGGUGGAGGGUAGCUUGCGUUUGGAUGCUCAGCAGACGUAUUCGGCGUAUUGGGAGAGUGAGUGUUAUUGACCUCCUGGGUUGGAGUGUGUGUACAUACUUUGCAUUGGUUGGAGAUCUUUUUCUGGGACAGUCAUUUUGGGAUUCUGAGAGGCACAAUUGGGAUACAAUCACAACAUUUCAUUUGGCACGGGAGAGUGCUGAUGUGGUUUCGUAUGUGUAGGCUUAGGUUGAACUUGGUCAGUCGGCUUACCUCAUCACACAUUGUCAUGUUGCACAUGCAGGGUCGCUGCUGGUGAGGGGGCUUGAUAUGUCAGGAGUGGGCGAGAAAGGUGGUCGAGUG